UCUACGUUAUAAUGUCAUAUUUCCAUUGUUGUGAACAUAAGAGCUAUAUACUCGAUCUCUUACAAAUUGAUUCAUGGAGACCAAAACUCAUGAGCAGCUUCACAUUUUCUUCCUUCCAUUCAUGGGUCAAGGCCACACUUUACCCCUCAUAGAUAUAGCAAAACUCUUUGCUUCACGUGGAGAAAAAUCCACCAUAAUAACCACCCCAGCCAAUGCACCAAUCUUCACCAGAGCAAUCCAAACAAGUAGAAGUUCGGGUUUAGAUAUUGAACUUCUUCUUAUCAAAUUCCCUUCUACUGAAGUUGGGUUGCCCGAAGGAAUUGAAAGUUCUAACUGGAGUGAAACCGCAGAGAUAGCGGAGAAGUUCUUCAAAGCUCUAUCAUUGCUUGAACAACAAAUAGAAAAGCUUUUACACCAAUAUCAUCCUCACUGCAUUGUUUCAAGCUCUUUGUUUCAUUGGACUACGGAUCUUGCUGCCAAGUUCGGGAUUCCGAGGCUCAUCUUUCAAGGACCUGGUUUCUUCCCCUUGUGUGCUUCAAUGAGUGUGACGCUCUACCAACCUCAUAUGAAGGUUGCAUCUGAUUCAGAAGCUUUUGUUCUCCCUAAUCUCCCACACGAGAUCAUCAUAACCAGAAACGAGUUACCAUCUUAUAUUAAACAAGAUGACGAGACAGAGAUCUUGAAAUUGCUCAAACAGUGUAGAGAGACUGAGAAAAGGAGUUUUGGGAUUAUCAUUAACAGCUUUUAUGAACUUGAACCAGAUUAUGCAGAUCACUAUAGGAAGGCGUUUGGUAGGAAAUCAUGGCAUAUUGGCCCGGUAUCCUUAUGCAACACGGCGGAAAAUGAUCAAUCGGCAAGGGGAAGAGAAGGCUCAGAUGAUCAAGUACAUGAGUGCUUGCAUUGGCUUAAUUCUAAGAAACCUAAUUCGGUUGUUUAUGUAUGCUUUGGAAGUCUGAAUAGUUUCAGUGAUUGUGUGCUGACAGAAAUUGCUUUAGGUCUUGAGGCUUCAGAACAUCAAUUCAUCUGGGUUGCCAAGAAAGAAAAGGAUGAUAAAGAAGAGUGGUUACCUGAAGGAUUUGAGCAGAGAAUGGAGGGCAAGGGACUUAUUAUAAGAGGUUGGGCUCCCCAACUACUGAUUCUCCAACAUGAAGCAGUUGGGGCCUUUCUCACUCAUUGUGGGUGGAACUCAAUCCUAGAAGGAGUGACUGCUGGGGUGCCAAUGAUCACCUGGCCGUUGUUUGCAGACCAGUUUUACAAUGAGAAGUUGGUGACUCAGAUACUUGGGAUUGGGGUUUCUGUGGGUUCUCGAAAGACGUCAGAUGGUGCUGUGAAGAGCAAAGCCGGUGUGAAGUGGGAGGCUAUUAAGAAGGCUGUGACUGAAAUCAUGGAUGGUGAUGAAGCUGAGAAAAUAAGAUGCAAAGCUGUUGCGUUAGGAGAGAUCGCAAGGAGCGCGGUUGAAGAGGGUGGCUCAUCGUACUCGGAUCUAACUGCUCUCAUUGAAGAGGUGAGGUCCUUCAAGUCUUGACUCUCUUGAAGCAGCCAAUAUGCCAACAUUUUCUACUUUCUACUUUCAACAAGUGAUAUAUCUGCUAGUAGUCUACAUUGCUAGUACCAAUAUAUGCGUCCGCACUUUUGAUGAUGCUAUGCACCAACUUCAUUUACCUCUCCAAUAUGCACCAAAAUGAG